CAACAGGGCUACUUAUUCAACCAUUUCGGUAGCUUGCUAGUCAACAUAAAAUCGAAUCAUUAAAGCUCUUUAGACCAUUCUUGUGUAUAUUAAUCAGUGUUUAAAAGACAAUUAUGUGUACGUAUUAACGUACAAUUAAUUUGCUUGUAAAAUUUGUCCAAGAAAAGAUAUACCAGCACCAGGCUAGUCGGAAAUGCUAACAAGCUAGCUACCUGGCUAACAUCCCCGACCAUGAGUUCACUAAGCUACUCCCCCUUUGCUAAAGAACAGACGGUCUUCUGGAUGGAGAAAGAAGCUCUGGGUCUUAACAUUGUCGUAAAAGAAGAGGAGGAUAUUACAGUGAAAGAAGAGGAAGAAGCUUUCAGAUUGAAAAGGGAAGAGGCUAUCACGUUGAAAGAAGAAAAGUAUGUUACAGUGAAAGACGAGAAAGAACCUUUUGGCGUGAAAGAGGAAGAGGGGAUAGAGGCUGUCACAGUGAAAGAGGAGGUGGUAGACGCUUUCAGAACUAAAAAGGAGGAAGAGGAGGCUAUCACAUUGAAAGUUGAAGAGGAUGUUACAGUGAAAGAAGAGAAAGAACCCUUUGGAGUAAAAGAGGAAGAGGAGGCUAUCACAUUAAAUGAAAAGGAGGAUGUUCUAAUGGAAGAAGAUGAAGAACCUAUUGGAGUGGAAGAGAAGGUUAUCUCAAAAGAGGAAGACGUGGAUGAAGAUCCGAAUAACACCAGAGAGAGACCAGACUCUUACUCUGACAGCAGGAGUACUUCAGGGGAACCAGACCCAGAGAUGCCCAAACCAGUGAAACCACACCACUGCUCCCAAUGUGGAAAUACAUUUUUCUCAUCGGGGGACCUGAAAAAGCAUAAGAGAACACACUCUGUAGAGAGGCCUUUCCCAUGCUCUCAGUGUGGAAAGCGAUUUGUCCAGUCAUCACAUUUGAAUGAGCAUAAGAGAAUACACACAGGAGAGAAGCCUUUCCAAUGCUCCCAGUGUGGAAAUAGUUUUACCCGGUUAAUGAGCCUGAACAGGCAUAAAUUAAUACACACAGGAGAGAAGCCUUACCACUGUUGUCAUUGUGGACAGAGUUUUAGGUGGUUAGUGACCCUGAAAACACAUGAGAGGACACAUACAGGAGAGAAGCCUUUCCAAUGCUCCCAGUGUGGGAAUGCUUUUACACGGUUCGAGAAGCUGAAAGAACAUGAGAGAAUUCACACUGGUGAAAAGCCUUUCCAAUGCUUGCAGUGUGAAAAGAGAUUUAUCCAGCCAUGGAAUCUCAAAGAGCAUGAGAGGAUACACACAGGAGAGAAGCCUUUCCAAUGCUUCCAGUGUGGAAAGAGUUUUACCCGGUUAAGGUACCUGAGUAAGCAUAAAGAAAUGCACACGGGAGCGAAGCCUUACCACUGUUCUCAUUGUGGACAGAGUUUUAGGGGGUUAGUAAGCCUUAAAACACAUGAAAGAAUACACACAGGAGAGAAACCUUUCAACUGCUCUCAAUGUGGAAUUACUUUUACCUUGUUAGGGAGCCUGAAAUCACACCAGAGGACACAUGAUAAAAGCCAUACCACUGCUCUCAUUGUGGAAAGAGAACAUGAAAUCACAUGAUCGAUUAUAGAGUCUGGCGCCAUAUUUGCGAACAUAAGCAAGCAUAUGAAGUUAAAUGGUUUUCAUGCACAAGAUGCAUAUCAGCCAAUGAAAAGUGUUGAUUCACUUAUAUGUGACUGACUGUUAAUUUGUAGCUGCUCCCAUCAGAUAACAUGAGCCUUAUGCUAACCUCCCCAGGUGGCAGUGAUUACAUCCUGGCACAACGUCUGCCUCAGCCAAUCAAAUAUCUUAGAUAUUCUAUACACCAACCAAUGGUAUUUCUUUAAAAAAUAGGUAAACCCUGGCCAUGUGUUUUUAUGGGGGGGAAAAAGAUAAAUCGGAUAAAAAGAUAAAGUUUGGCGUUGUUAAAAAACAAAGAGCCUUAUGGAUUUAUCAUACAGUGUAGCAGUCAUGUAGUCUAUCGUCAGUGGUGGAUCAAGUACCCAACUGUCAUACUUGGGUAAAAGUAAAGAUACCUUUCUUAGGUGUCUAAUUUUCAGAGUUAAAACUCAAAAGGAGACUCUGAAAGCUUAAAACCAAGUUCAUUCUUCCCAGAAGAUCAAUACAGCGGCAUCAGACAAAGACGUUGUUCACACAAGCACUGAUAUUUAACCCCCCCGUCGUCGCUCAUCCAUGGCUCUCUCCCCUUAUCAAGCACUGAUAUUUAACCCUUCCUCCCAGGCUGCGUCUCCUCGUGUUCAUCUGAAUCUACAUUGUAUCUUUACUGCGAGGCAGGAAACUCAGUGAUACGGGCCAUAAACUUGUCUUUCUCCCUUAACAGUGACCUGACCUCGACCCCCGUCAUCACUAAUCCAUGGCUCUCUCCCCUUAUCAAUGCUUGCCACGUGAGAUCGCUUUCCCUGCACUCAGCACAUUCCAAGCUUAAUUGCACCCACUAUAUACUUUCCUCCUACAGAUAACCAUUCCCUUCUGGUGUCGUUUAGGAGUCCCAAGUUUAGGAGUUCGUACCCAGAAUCCAUCAGCAUAAUAGAAAAUGACUCAAGUGAAAGUCACUCAGUAAAAUACGACUUGAGUAAAAGUCUAAAGUGUUUGGUUUUAAAUGUACUUAUGUAUAAAUCAUUUCAAAUUCCUUAUAUUUAAGCAAACCAGAAGACACAAUUUUCUUGUUUUCUUAAAUUUAUGUAUAGCCAGGGGCGCACUCAAACACUCAUAUUUACAAAUGACGCAUUUGUGUUUAGAGAGACAGAUCAGAGGCAGUUGGGAUGACCAUGGAUGUUCUCUUCAUUAGUGCGUGAAUUUGACAAUUCUCCUGUCCUGCUAAGCAUUCAAAAUGUUCAGAGUACUUUAGGGUGUCAGGGAAAUGCAUUAUUUUCUUUAGGAAUGUAGUAAAAGUUGUCAAAAAUAUUAACAGUAAAAUAACAUACAGAUACCCCCCCAAAAACGGCUUAAGUAGUACUUUAAAGUAUUUUUACCUAAGUACUUUACACCACUGGCUAUCGCUGUCAUCAUCACUUCUAGGUGGCACACACUGCUAAAGCUUUUUAACCGUGGGUUUCGAGUCCACCUCGCAUCAAGCUUUUUAACCAUGGGUUCGAGUCCACAUGGCAUCAAGCUUUUUAACCAUGGGUUCGAGUCCACCUCGCA